AUGGAAGUUAUUACAGAAAAUAGGAAAGCAAGGUUUGAAUAUUUCAUCUUAGAAGAAUUUGAAGCGGGUAUGGUCUUAUUAAGCAGUGAAGUUAAAUCGCUAAGAGAAAGAAAAGUAAAUAUUUCCGACGCCUACGUUAUUGAAAAGAAUAGCGAAAUAUGGCUGCACAAUAUUCAUAUUGCAGAAUAUAAAGCUGCAAACCGAAAAAAUCAUAAACCAAAAAGGGAACGUAAACUGCUUUUGCAUAAAAAAGAGAUAAAUAAACUGAUUGGUCAAAUCAAAAACGCUGGGAUACCUGUUGUACCGCUUAUUACGUUAAUGUUAAAGGAUUUGCAAAAACUAAAAUUGCCAUUGUAA